GGCGUCGACAGGUAAGCAGUCAGACAGGUGAACAGAACGACAGGUGAGGUAUCUCAGCUGUGUGAAGCAGCACCGAGGAGUUCACAACACGUCUCCAGGUGUCCACUCAGGUGUGCUGAUUGAACUGAUCCAGUAAGUGUCUCUCUUCUCCUCCAGAUGACUCCGCCUCUUCCACUUCCUGUCCCGAAGCCUCGAGCUCGUUACACGAGGGACAGUCUAAGCUCCGCCUCCUCUUUGGACAGAGAUCUGAUUGGUGAAGAUGUGCAACCACUUUUCUCAAAUGGAGUUCACCUGAGCACAGAUGAAAAUGCUCCUCCUCUUCCUCCUCUUGGUGGAUCAGACCGUGGCGUCGUCUUCCCAACUCUGGCUGGCGUCACUGACAUCAUCGCCACCAAAAUCCCGUCAUUGGCUGGAUUUGCCACCUCCAUUGGUGGCUCCACCCCCACCACACCCGCCCCCCCGGCCCCCUCGGACCCCCCUUCCAUAGACAGCAUGACUAACAGCAUCGCCGCCCACAUACCUAGCUUAGCAGGAACUGGUAGCGUUGUGGCUAACCCAGCUGCUACUACAUUAAACUCCGCCUCCACCACCACACCUCCACCUGCUGCUAACACAGGUGCUGCUAGCUUAGACAGCAUUUUUAGCUCAUUAGCUAACAUACCCAGUUUAGCAGGCAUUGUUAGCAGUGUGCCUUACCCAGCUGUUAGCUCCAUGACGACCACGGACACCCCUUCAGCCCCACCCCCAUUUGCUCAUAAACCCUGCCCCCCCUCACUGCCAAGGAUCGGAGAUGCUAACACAGAUGUUGGGGCGUUGUCACAGCUGGUGAUGUCAACUUUAGACCAGAAUGGAGGAGUCACAUUACCUCCACUAGAGGGAGCUGCUCAGCCAACAGAGGACGUUAUAAAACAGAGUCCUCACACCAUCAGAGAAGAGAACCCUUACAUCACUGUGUUGGCCUGUUGGACGAGCCAAGAGGAAGCUGACACUGACUCAUCCAAUGAGGAGGAAGAUACAGGAGUUAGCCCCGCCCCCUCUGGUGCCGAUGGAACAACGGAAGGAGAUUCCGCUUCUAACCCGUCUUUAAACACCAACAACCUCCUGUCAAAUCCAUCAGGUCGUCUGAUCCCCACUCGACCGGCCCCACCCCCUCCUCGUCCUUCUGGCCAAUCAGAAAAGCCUCUGAAACAGAAGACCCCAAGAGCGGCCACUAUUCGAGUGUCCAGGAAGAAGGGGGUCAGUGGGAGUUCAACUCAGCAGAGUGCCGUGGUCCAAUCCAGCUGGCUGGAUGUCUGGAAGGGCUUCAGACACAAUGUUUUAUGGGCAACGUUUGACGGACAGCUCAUGUCUCUGUGGAAAAAGCGGACGGAUCGGUUCAGUGAGUUGCUGUUUCAUGUCUCCAGUAUCACCAACGUGAAGAAACAGGACAAAGGCAGAUUCUCUGUUUACUUCAGGAAGAAACAUUAUGACUUCAUGGCUCACAGUGAUGAUGUUCGUGAAGGUUGGGUCACAUCUCUGCUGGCAUCUCGAGGCCAGCCAAGCCCCACCCCCCCAGAACUCCACGGACAAAUCGCCAUCAAGGACCCGCGGAGCCGUGCCUAUGCCGCGGUUUGGGGUCAUGACCUCUGGAUUUACCCCAACAAGGAGGGCUUCCAGCUGGGCAUCGCCUCCUUCUCUGUCCCCCUGAACGUGGCCACAGUCAAAUCUACAGGAAAACACUCGUUUACCCUCAUCACUCCAUACAAGAACUUCAACCUGUCUGUUGAUUCUUCGAAGGAUCUGUCCAUCUGGUUGGACAUUCUGUCCUCAUCUAUUCGCAGUGCUCUGUCCUGCAGCCAGGUGGCACUGCGUCUCUGGGAAAACCCCGACAACAAAGUGUGCGGUGACUGCGGCUCGGCCAAUCCUGAGUGGGCGUCGGUCAACCUGCUGCUGGUCAUCUGUCAGGCCUGUGCAGGUCAGCAUCGAGGUCUGGGGAGCAACCUGUCGAAGGUCCGCAGUCUGAAGAUGGACAACAAGGUCUGGACUGAACCAGUCAUACAGCUGUUUGUUACCUACGGUAACCGGUUGGCCAAUCAGGUGUGGGCUCCAGCGGUGCCGGCGGCAGAGCAGCUGCGUCCAGAGUCAUCUGAUGAGGAGAGGUCAAAGUUCAUCCAGGAUAAAUACAGCAGGGGGCGCUACAGACGAGUCCACGCUCUGACCUCCUCACACUCUCUGAUGGAUCAGAGGCUGCGUCAGGUGGUUUGUGGAGACGACGUAGAAGAAACAAUGUCUCUGAUCUGUUCAGGAGCAAAGGUGUGUCAGUCGGACCCUCAGAGCCCCUCCCCCAUCCUGCUAGCUGAGAGGGCUGGUAAGGCUCUGCAGACUGAGCUGCUCCGCCUCAACGAGUACACAGCGAUCCCGCCUUACCUGCCGCAGUCAGCCAAUAGGAGAGCUAACUCUGCCCCCUCAGGUGAGGAAGAGGAGGAGCUUCAUGGUAAACUGGAAGAAGAUCGUUUUCUCUUCUCGUUAGAAAACGACUCGGCAGCAUGUGACGUCCUCGACCUGCGAGAAGUUCUGUCUGUCUUCCUCAAAGACGGACCAGCUCAUGAGUUUGAGAUGGUGACGCUGAGCGAUCAGCUGAUCUGUGCUGCUGACAACAAGGAGGGGCUGCUGACUCACCUGGUCCACAUACUGAAGGUGAUUCUCCCAGGGGGCGUAUCCUAUGCAGAGGUGGGCGGUGCUUCCGCUGUCAGUAAAGUGUUUGUCAUUGAAGUGGGCGGAGCCUCUAGUUAUUCUGAUGCCUGGUUGUUACUGUGGGAGGACGGAGUCAGUGUUCAUCCCAUCCAGAGACACACAGAGCAGACUCUGAGGAUGGAACUGGGCGCGCUCAGUCGCCACGAAAUGGAUCCAUCUGAAAACAUCAUCACCAUGGUGACUGCAGACAGAAGUGUGUCGUUGCGUUUCGAGGAGCAGCACAGUUGUCAGUCCUGGUUCAACCACCUGCAGAGAGCUCUGACCAAUCAGAGAGCAGCUCCACAGCGUCCCCCUGCAGCCAGCCACAGCUCAGCUCGUCAGUCUCUGUACCCGGUGAUGGAUGUGGGGUCGACGGGUUCAGUUCCACCGGCCAUCGAACGCUGCAUCUCCCACAUCACAACCUAUGGUCUGAAGGUGGAGGGCGUGUACCGGCGCUGUGGUCUCGCUGUCAAAGUCACCCGAUUGGUGGAGGCUCUGAUGACAUCACCUAGCUCCGCCCCUCUGGAGAGUGACGAGCAGGGUGUGUUGGAUGCUGGCUCCGCCCUCAAACAAUAUGUCCGCCAGCAGGAGAGUUUGAUCCCUGACAGAGUCCGACAGCAGUGGCUGCAAGCUGCAGUGAUUUCAGAUGAACGCUCCAGGUUUUCAGCCUACCGACGGUUGCUACGGCAACUUCCUGACGAUAACCGAGCAACAUUGAAUGCGCUGUUUGGACACUUCUACAUGGUCCAGGUGCUCUCUCAGGUGAACAGGAUGUCGGCUCAGAAUCUGGCUCUGGUUCUGGUCCCAACUCUAUUUCAGACUCUGAACCAGGAUCUGCUCAGACUCACCAGAGAGUUCAUCAUUCACCACACACUUCUGUUUUUGACACCUGAGGUAAAGGAGAGAGCGGAGGAGGAAGAACAGAUCACUGUCUUCUGAGGAGGAGAAGAAGAAGAGCAGAAGAAGACAGUUGGACCGAUAUCUUUCUGUCUUUACAGCAGCUCUGAGUUCAGAUCUCAGAUAAAUAUUUCUAACAUUGUGUAUUUUCCUGCAGAUGAACUCAGGUGAAAUUUAUGUGGAGUUUACUAAUGAACUGCUUUUAAAACUGGUGUUUCUUUCAGACUCUUUUAUUUGACCUAUACAGAUGUAAAUGAAAAGUUUGUAUUCAUAAUGAAAUAUUUACUGUGAAAUUCAAUAUACAGAAUCUCUCUCCUCUGUGUUUGCUGGUUCUUGUGUGGUUACCACAGGAAGUGACAGCGCCUCCUACAUUAGUGAGAUGAGUGUACUAUAAUUUGAUAGGUGGAAAGUUUGUGUGGCCCAGUUUCAACUCACAGUUCAAGAAAUGUUCGGCUCCAAGCUCUAACUCGCCGACCCACUUGCCCAUAUCUCCAGAGGGCAAGCACCUACGGUUGCAAGCCCCUGCCGCUAAACCAUUUGCACACGAUGCAGGCCAUGUUUUCGCUGCUGCCUCCGUUGCUCAUCACGGGAAACCCCCACCUGAUGUUGAGGUUACCUGUGGUCAGCAACACAGAUGAUGUCACAGUCAGUACAGCCCCCCACUUCGGCCCGGCCAUUCUCUCCAUCUACAGUUGGUUGGUGAUUCCAUAAUUAUAUUUGAAGUCCCAAAUGGAAUCACCCACUGUCUACCAUGUGCGAAAAUACUGGACAUUAUUGACCUUGUCCCUUUCCUCAUUGACUGCCACCUGACUGCCCUCACUAUUAUUGUGCACGUUGGCACAAAUGACAAUAGGCUUUUAUUUAAUCUGUGACAAAAUCUUAUUGAUUGGAGAUUUUAAUAUCCAUGUGGACAGCCCUACUAAUUGCUUUGCUUCAGAAUUUUUAAGUAUUUGUGAAUCUUUUAACCUAAAACAGCAUGUAUCACAUCCCACACAUGAACAAAAAUAGACUCUUGCUUUAGUUUUUACUAUGGUUUUAUCUGUUAACUCCCUCACCUUGAAAGAAUUUGUCUCUGAUCACAAAACUGUCAUGUUCAAUAUUUUCCUUCUAGUAGCUGCUCCCUCCCCAAAACAUACAGUUCACUCUUGCAUCUUUAAUGAGAAAUCUGCUGAUAAUUUUUCCUGUUUUCUCUGCCCAGUGUAGCAUCUUAACUAAGUUUCAUGGUGUAAAUGACCUGGUUGAUCAGUUCAAUGUUUAAUGUUCAUCAGUUUUAAAUUACAUUGCUCCCAUUAGGGCAAGGUCAAAGCGCCAGUCAAAUCCAUCACCUUGGCAUGUGAUGAUAAUCGCCAACUACAAAGAGAAUGUAGAAGAGCAGAACGAAGGUGGAAGAAAGACAGACUAGUCCACCUCCUUAAUAUGAGAGUUAUUGUCUGCCUAUAAUUUCUUAAUCAAAAAAGAGAGACGUAAGUAUUUUACAAACAUCAUAACAACAAAAAGGGUAUUAAAGCCUCUAUAACGCCCCCCUGCCUCAAGUAUAAAUUCUCCAGAUACCUCCCCCACAUUGUAUGUGAAUUUAUCCCGAUACAUGUGAUAAUCUGCUUGAUAUUGUGUCACACAUGCACUUAUCCUCCUGUGGCCUUGAAAGAGGUAUUAGAAAUCACUGCCCCUUGUCUUCUCUCUAUUGUAAAUGAAUCUCUGUCCUCCGGUUUGUUUCCAGACUAUUUCAAAGCCUGUAUUCAGCCACUUUUAAAGAAACCUGGCUUUGAUCCAACACUCCCUCAUAAUUCCAGACCAAUCUAAAUAAGUCUUUGUCUCAAAAAUCAUUGAAAAGGCUGUUGCUAAACUACUGAAAAAAGCUGAAGCUAAUAACAUUCUUGACCCAUUUCAAUCUGGUUUUCACCAGCUGCAAAGUAUUGCUUACUACUGUAAGUCACUAACGAUAUUCUGGCCAUCACUCCAUUUUAGUAUUGUUAGACUUGUCUGCCACCUUAGACACCAUCGAUCAUACCCACUUGCUGGAUAGACUAAAGCACUGGGUUGGCAUAGAUGGAACUGCCCUUAGAUGGUUUUCCUCAUAUCUUACAGAGAGAUCUUUCAGGGUGACUAUUGAUGAUUUUGUCUCAUCGUUGGCUCAUAUGUCAUAUGGGGUUCCACAAGGUUCAAUCCUUGGUCCCAUCUUGUUCAGCUCGUAUAUUCUCCCCCUUGGUCAUAUUAUUCGUCAGGUUAAGAUUGUUGCCUGAAUACAGACAAAACAGAAAUCUUGGUCAAAGAGUAUUAGUCCAUUGCUCGGGCAUUUAGCAGGGAAUAUAAAACCAUCUGCUAGAAAUCUUGGUUUUGUGGUGGAUCAAAAUCUGAAUUUGACCACCACCAAGAUUACUAAGAUCUGUGGACCAGUUGCUCUUAAAUGUCCCACAGUCCAGGCUAAAAACAAAGGGGCAUCGUGCUUUUAAAAACCCACUUGUAUAGGCUGGCAUUUAUAUAAGUUCACUGCUUGCAAUUCCUAUUGGUUUAAUUUCUCUUUUAAUUUUGUUUUGUUUGGAUUAUUGCUUUUAUCAUUGAGUAUCUGUUUUCGUUUGAUAAAUUGUAGUUUUCACUUGCUGUAUUAUGCUGUGUACUAUUAUGCAUUUCUGAGUUGCUUUGCUUGUUAUAUUGCUUUUCUUGUCGAGUGUGUUUUCAUGCUGUACCAUUAUGAAUUUUAUUAACUAUGAAGCUAUAGCAGUAAGUGCUAUAUAAAUAAAGCUUACAACUUACUUACUGAAGUUACCAUGCUAA